UUUGCGUGUACAUGUUCGGUGAGCAUGCGUAUAUAUAAGCCUCAGGCCACAACCAACGGCAGAACCCUACUAGCAGUUCUCCAGCAAAGAUGAAGGGACAGACACUGGCGCUGACGCUGGCCCUCGCGCUGCUGGUGCCGGCUUCUCAGGCCCGUCGCCUCGGGGGGGGAGGAGGAGGAGGAUUCGGGAUUGGAGGCGGAGGUGGAAGCGGCCACAACGGCGGCGGUAAUGGAGGCCAUCACGGCGGAGGAAGCAGUGGAGGCCACCACGGCGGAGGAGGCAGUGGAGGCCACCACGGCGGAGGAGGCAGUGGAGGCCACAACGGUGGAGUUGGUGGAGGCUUUGGAGGAGGAGCAGGCGGAGGGCAAAACGGAGGUGGAGGAUUCGGAGGCGGCGCGGGAAUUGGAGGUGGAUCCGGAGGAGGAUUCGGAGGCGGCGGGGGAAUUGGAGGAGGAGCCGGAGGGGGAUUUGGAGGCGGCUUCGGUGGUUAAACUCCUGAUCACGCAUCAUAAAAAGGUAACUGAUAAUAAAAAAUGAAGCUAGCACGCAUGUUUCCAGUAUCCACACAAGCCAGAGUUAAAAAUAAAAUAAAAAAGUUAAAAAGUUAAAAAUAAUUGAGUUUAAUGUACACAAGAAUAAAUUAAUUUUAAAUCUGUACAUUGUUCGAAAUGAUAAGUUACGUGAUAUGUACGAAUAUGAGCAUGUGGUACUCCAAACACAACAUAGCUGGAAUGAGUUUAGCUAGAUCUGCAGUGAUUUGUUACUUAAGUCCAUAUAACAUGUUUUAGUAGUUUUAAAACUGUUAUAGUCCACAUUUUAAUCUGUAUUUAUAAUUUCCGAUCGACUGAUGACGUCACACCAAAGCGGUCUCAAUAUAAAUUUUGUAAACUAUUAGUGACAUAGAUAAAUGCAUGAUACACCUUAACAUCUUUUGAAUAUCUACCAGUUUAAACGCAGCAAAUUAAUGGGAAAGGUGGAGAAAAAGCGAGCGAAGAAAAAUGAUAGAGAACAUUAUGUCCCUUAAUGACUUACGUUAUAAGACGAAAAAAUUGGGGGCCACAAUUUGAGAUGCAGAGAUGUGUUGACAGAGAGAGCCUAGGGAGGGAGGGAGCGCCUCACUGAACCCUCCCUCCCAAUGGGUUCCAGAGCGUUGUCGUAUAAGUGAAAAAAUAGAAUUCCUCAAAAUUAUCCAAAUAGAACAGGCAGCUUGAGGAAUCCGUUUUCACCAGAGAUAAGUUCUUGACGGCAAAGAUGACGCUACUCUAUAGGAAAUAGAAUUUCAAUAGGCUAAACUAACUCUUUCGAUGUACCAUGAGACGGCGACUGAAGAAUUGUACGAAUAAAGAAAAGGCUUAUGAUUACAUUAAAAUAG